AUGUCACUUGCAUAUACUUCUCCUUGUGGAGAUUGGAAUCCUCUGGCUGACAAGUUUUAUCGUAAAUAUGAACUCUAUCAAAUGAUAUGGAAUAAAGUGGACUUGGCAAAGAUGACUGUUGCAGCAGCUCCAUUUGGUGGUCCAAUUGCCAUGAUGCGCAACGAUCGUAAAAUGGUGGCAGUAGCUGCUUUGAGCUCAAAGCCUGUCAUGCACAUCUACACUUCAUCAGGAAAACUACUCACUCAGUUUCAGGCAAGUUUAAAUCAUCGUGCAAAUAGAAUUAUUGUUAUGGGAUGGACACUCAAGGAGCGACUAGUGUGUGUGAUGGAAUACGGUUCGCUGCGUCUUUAUGAUCUUCAAGGCGAUUUUGUUCAGAUUACUCUCGGCGAGGAAGCAAAAGAGAAUGGUGUGCUUGAUGCUCAUGUAUGGGAAAAUAGCGCUGUAAUUCUUACUACAAAUCUAAAACUUAUUCUUGUCGCAAAUCUCGAUGAACCACGACCCAUCUUAUUGGCAAAUCCUGGUCUGGUUCAACCACCUCAUUCGUGGUCAUUUAUUUCUGCCACGUAUAGUCUAAGCAAACAUGUUGAAAUUCUGUUGGCAGUCAACAACACCAUUGUGGUCGUGGAUGCAAAAAAUGCUCAGGAUCAAAUGCUUCAGCAAGGCCCGUUUACUAGAAUGGCCGUAUCGCCCAAUGCAAAAUUUCUUGCUCUAUUCACUGCUAAUGGAAGGUUAUGGGUUGUAUCAUCUGAUUUUCAAACUAAUCUCGCUGAAUUUCGAACCAACUCAAGUGUUCCACCCUUGCAAAUGACAUGGUGCGGUAAUGAUUCAGUACUGUUGCAUUGGGAGGAUACAAUUCUCAUGGUAGGCCCAUCAGGAGAUUGGAUCAAGCAAGUACAAACAUGUGUUGUUCAUAUUGUUAACGAGAUUGAUUGUGCACGGAUUAUCAGCAACACUCGAUGUGAGCUCCUUGAACGUGUUCCAGUGGUUACUGAAACCAUUUUUCGAAUUGGAUCUACUGCUCCUGGAGCUAUUUUGUUUGAUGCACGAGAGCAUUUUGAGAAACAAAGUCCCAAAUGUGAUGAAAACAUUCGUAGCAUUCGCGGACAAUUGAUGGAAGCUGUCACGUCAUGUAUUGAUGGUGCUUGCAACGAGUUUGACAUUCAGCUACAAAAAGCUUUACUUCGCGCUGCAUCUUUUGGAAAGGCUUAUCUUGACUCGUUUUCAGCUGAUAGAUUUGUCAAGGCGUGUCAAUCCAUUCGUGUUUUGAAUGCUCUUCACAAUAACCAGAUUGGUAUUCCACUCACAUACAAGCAGUACGUUCACAUAUCGCCUGAAGGAUUGAUUGAUCGAUUGAUUAAUCGGAGAGAGCAUCUUUUAGCUCGACGAAUUUGCGAAUACCUUAGAAUGCCCAUUGAUCGUGUUUUGAUUGAUUGGGCACGGGUCAAGGUCAAGCAAUCUACAGAUGAUGAAGAGACUGUAUGUCGAAUGAUUGUUGAAAAAAUGAAUGAUCGACCAGGAAUAUCAUUUGCAGAAAUUGCCAAAGCUGCCUAUGCUGUUGGCCGAAUCAAGCUUGCUACAAAGCUUUUGGAUUUUGAGCCAUCUCCUUCUGAUCAAGUUCCGCUUUUACUUAGCAUGCAGCAGGAUGAAUCGGCACUGACCAAGGCUGUUGAAUCAUUUGAUACGGAUCUAGUGUAUCUUGUAGUAUUGCACAUGAAACGCAAACUGCCGCUAGCCGACUUUUUCCGGAUUAUUAGCACCAAGCCGCUUGCAUGCAAUUUGCUCGAGUUGUAUGCGCGUGAACAAGAUCCUCAACUCCUCUACGACUUUUAUUACCAAGAUGAUCGAAGGGUAUCCAGUGCAAACCUGAUACUUGACGAGAGUUGUGCAGACAAGGCAAGAGAUAUACCGUCGCGACUGUUGAAAUUAAAAAAAGCGAUAAAACUAUACGGAGAAGAAAAGGAAAGCAUAUUUGAAACCAAGUCACUGGAGGAUCAAAGUAAACUGCUACAAAUUCAGUCCACGCUCGAGCGAGAACUUACAGGACAAACGUUUCUUGAUUUAUCAGUGACCGAUACAGUAUUCAAAUGUUUGAUUCUAGGACACAUGAGUCGAGCACUUAAAAUCAAGAGUGAUUUAAAAAUGGAUGAUCGUAGGUUUGCCUGGUUAGAGUUGCGUGCUAUUAUUCAAAACGAAACAUGGGAAGCACUGGACAAAGUAAGUGGUGGAUGUUGGGUCAGUUUGGGUAUUUAA